GACAUUUUACUGGAGUUGUUUCUAAUUUUGAGUUCAGGUUUUUAUUGGUUGAAGCUGGACAUCAAGUGUCAAUGUCUCCAUCUUUGACCAGAUCUGCUCCAAGCGAGCUCAACCAUUGGUGGAGCCAGCUGAGGUUUCGCCUUCAAAACAAAAAAGGAUGGAACGAGAUGUUGGAUGAAUCAUUUCUGCUCUACACAAAAAACACAAAUGAAAUUCCUCUCUUCUAUGCGGUUAAAAACAAUAGUGUUGGCUGCAUCAGGAAACUUCUAAGCUGUGCGUCUACUAACAUCUUUGAAAGAGGAGCCCUUGGAGAGACAGCGCUUCACGUUGCCGUGAUGAACGACAACCUGGAUGCCGCCGUGGCUUUAAUGGACGGAGCUCCUGAGCUCAUCAAUGAACCCAUGACCUCUGAGCUUUUCCAAGGUGUUACUCCUCUGCACAUUGCAGUGAUGAAUCAGAACAUAAGUCUGGUUGAUCACCUGAUUAGUCGUGGCGGUGAUGUGGCUACACCUCGAGUCACUGGUCUGUAUUUCAGGAAGAGGAUAGGAGGGCUUUUGUACUAUGGUGAACACAUCUUGUCUUUUGCUGUGUGUACUGGGAACGAAGACAUUAUCCACAUGAUAAUCAAUGCGGGGGCCAGCACAAGGAUCCAGGAUUGUCGAGGCAACACGCUGUUUCAUAUUUUGGUUCUGCAACCCAACAAGACCAUUGCAUGUCAGACCAUUGACCUGAUUAUGACAUGCGAUGCAGAGCUGGACCAGUCUGUGCCACUCGACAUGGUGCCCAACUUCCGAGGUCUCACACCUUUUAAACUGGCUGCCAGAGAGGGAAACAUAGUGGUAUUUCAGCACCUGGUUAAUAAAAGGCGUGUAGUCCAGUGGAGUCUGGGCCCUCUAAGCUCUCACCUGUUCGACCUGACAGAGAUUGACUCCUGGGCUGACAGCAUGUCGGUGUUGGAACUGAUCGUAGCCAGCCCACGUAGAGAGGCCAGAGGAAUUCUUGAGGUGACUCCUGUGAGGCAGCUGGUCAGUCUGAAGUGGAAUCUUUAUGGAAAACAUUAUUUCAGGCUGCUGCUGUUUCUGUACCUCCUGUACAUUGGGACCUUCACACUGUGUUGUGUGUUUCGCCCCCUAAAGGAUAUUCCAGAGAACUACACACAGUCAAGCAUGGAAAAAAUUGUCAAGAUCCAGAAGACACUCAGUGAAAGUUAUGUGACAUAUGGUGACAGUCUGCGACUAGCAGGAGAGGUCAUCAGUAUCCUGGGGGCUGUUGUCAUCCUGGUACUGGAGAUUCCAGAUAUACUAAGAGUGGGAGCCAACCGCUACUUUGGCCAGACAGCACUAGGAGGACCCUUCCAUGUCAUCCUCAUCAGCUAUGCCUGCUUGGUGCUGCUGCUGUGUGUGUUCAGAGCCUGUGGGGUGCAGGGAGAGGGCGAGGUGAUGGCAGUGUGUUUGGUUUUCGGCUGGUGCAAUGUGAUGUUCUUCGCUCGUGGUUUUGAAAUGCUUGGCCCUUAUGUCAUCAUGAUACAGAAGAUUAUAUUUGGAGACCUCACAAAGUUUAUGUGGCUGACUUUCAUUGUGCUCAUGGGUUUUUCCACCGCCCUGUGGGUGGUGUAUAUGACCCAGGAAGUAAAUUCCCUCCCUUCGUAUCGCUCUUUCGCCAUCACCAUCUUCUCCCAGUUUGAGCUCAGCUUGGGUAUGGUUGACUUGCCUGUGGACCACACCAUCAUAGUAUCCCCCAUUGUCCAAGUGCUGCACGUUGGCUUCUCUGUGGUUUCUGACGUCCUGCUGUUCAACCUGCUGAUCGCCAUGAUGAGUGACACACAGUGGAGGGUGGCCCAGGAGAGAGAUGAGCUCUGGAGGACUCAGGUGGUGGCCACAACUCUGAUGCUAGAGAGGAGGAUUCCUCGCUGUUUGUGGCCUCGGCUUGGAGAAUGUGGGCUUAGCUACGGCCUGAAGGAACGCUGGUAUCUCAGGGUUGAAAGCCGAAAUGACCACUUGAUGAAAAAGAUGGAACGUUAUGUCAAACUCUUCUUGAAGGAUGAGAAGGAAGGGGAUGGACUGGAGAAGUCAGACACAAUGAAGCAAACCCCACUGGUUAGAAAAAGACAAUACAAUAACAAAAAGGCACAGGCUGGUUGGGAAUUGAUUCGUAACAGUGCUUUGGGUUUGGAGAUGGAGCAGGAAGAGCCAGAGGUGGACCAGGGUAUCAGAUAUGUUUAGAAAGAAAUGCAGGCUGAUCCUAAAGUCCACUUUCUAAGGCCUUCAAAAUUCUGACCAUAUGAAGUAAAUGAAAAGUGUUGAUGCCUUUCAUGAACUUGCACAAAGAGGAAUCAUAUUUCUCAGUUUUCCUGUAUAGUAAGAAGUGCAAUUAUUCUUGUAGUAUUAUGCUAUAGAAGCAUGUGUUAUUUUUAUAG